CGCCCGCCCGCCCGCAGCGCGGCCCCGCGGCGCCGCUCCCCGGCCCCCGCUCCCGCAGCUUUCCAUGUGGUACCCAUGAAGAUGAGGCUGAGGACACGGAAAGCUUCCCAGCAGUCCAACCAGCUCCACACGCAGCGGGCGCUGCGGGCCAAGCGGAAACACUCGGAGGUGGAGGAGCCCUUACCCGGCGGCGGGGGAAAACCACCCAAAAAUGAGACAGGCCUCUUGUCUUCGAUCAAAAAGUUCAUUAAAGGAAGCACACCCAAGGAAGAAAGAGAAAAUCCCCCCAAGAGGAGUCGGAUUGAGCGGGACAUCGAUAACAACUUGAUCACCUCCACGCCCCAGACAGGAGAGAAGCCCAACAAGCAGCUCUCGCGCGUGCGGCGGAAAAGUCAGAUGAAUGGAGAAGCUGGAAGUUAUGAGAUGACAAACCAACACGUAAAGCAAAAUGGAAAAUUGGAAGAUAACCCCACCACAGGCAGUCCCCCACGAACAACAUUACUGGGAACCAUAUUUUCUCCUGUUUUCAAUUUUUUUUCACCAGCAAAUAAAAAUGGAACGUCGGGCUCCGACUCCCCGGGCCAGGCUGUGGAGGCCGAGGAGAUCGUGAAGCAGCUGGACAUGGAGCAGGUGGACGAGAUCACCACGAGCACGGCCACCUCGGCCAACGGCGCCGCCUUCCCCGGGCAGCCCGUGCAGGGCAGGGCCGUCAACAACGGCCUGGGCGACCCCGAGGAGCCGGGGGACCGCGACCUGCCCCCGCUCACGGCACCAGUAUCUCCAGACAGUGGCUACUCAUCAGCUCAUGCAGAAGCCACCUAUGAAGAGGACUGGGAAGUCUUUGAUCCAUACUAUUUCAUCAAACAUGUCCCCCCACUAACAGAAGAGCAGCUGAACAGGAAGCCAGCUCUCCCACUGAAAACCAGAAGCACACCAGAGUUCUCAUUAGUUCUAGACUUGGAUGAAACAUUAGUGCACUGUAGUCUAAAUGAAUUAGAAGAUGCUGCACUCACUUUUCCAGUUCUUUUUCAAGAUGUCAUUUACCAGGUGUACGUCCGGCUAAGGCCGUUCUUCCGAGAGUUCCUGGAGCGCAUGUCUCAGAUCUACGAGAUCAUUCUGUUUACUGCUUCUAAGAAGGUGUAUGCAGACAAGUUGUUGAACAUCCUGGACCCCAAAAAGCAGCUGGUCAGGCAUCGACUCUUCCGCGAGCACUGUGUGUGUGUACAAGGGAAUUACAUCAAGGACUUAAACAUCCUGGGCAGAGACCUCUCCAAAACCAUCAUCAUUGACAAUUCACCGCAAGCCUUUGCUUACCAGCUUUCCAAUGGAAUUCCUAUAGAAAGCUGGUUCAUGGAUAAAAAUGAUAAUGAACUCCUAAAGUUGAUUCCAUUUCUGGAGAAACUAGUAGAGCUGUCGAAACCUUUUCAAAAAUCAAGAGACUGGCUAGAUAAGACGAAGAUAAGAAUGACUAAUAUUGGGAAUAUCCUAAAGCAUUGCGACGGCACGUCCUCUGGACAGAGCACACCCGGCAGUGGCACCACGAUGGACAAGGAAUACCUCACCUGUGCCGUGCCAGCCCCGGGCAGGACAGGACGGGCUGCCCGCCUGGGACACUCCUGCUCCCGAUCCGCCUCUCGGGCACGCCUGCCCUGCCACCCCGCUGCUUCCCGAGCCAACAGCCCGGCCCUGGCUCCUCGUGCAGCGCCCCGGAGGGGAUGCUUCUACAGCGGUGGGAGCCGCCUUUCCAUGAGGCUUUUUCUGGAAGGUAGGAUUCGUACGAGUUAGGAAGCUUUGCCUCUCGACUGCAUUACCACGCCACAGGCUCGGACUGGUUUUGUGUAAAAGAUGUCACAGAACGGCACUUUUUCUAAAGAGAAGUUUGCUAUUUUGUAUGCUUGAUAAGAAAGUACAGUAUUGGAAAUUAAAGGUGGACAGCUGAUAAUUGAGAAGUAUGUCAAUUAAUUUUUUAUGUAUAUUACCUGUUUACUUGUACAAUUUUAUUGUACAAAUUACAUGCAGCUUCAUUUUCAAAUGAGUCCUUAAAAUAAGGAAAAUCUUUUUAGCAAAACAUUUAAUUUUUGUAUUUUUGAUUUUAAAAGGCAUGAGUUAUGUCAACUUUUUCCAGUGUAUUAAUGAAGAUUUUAACUUUUCAUCAGGUUGAGUGUUUUCUUACUAUAUUAUCUGUUGUGUAUGUAGCUAGCACAUGGUGUCACUGAACUGUUAAAACUUAGCAUGUAGAGCAAGCCUGUUUUGUGGAAAACCCUUAUUCAUUAAAAACAAAAUCAUCGUGGCAGAUUUUCUGCAAAAAAAACUGAAAACAUUUGCAAUUCAGAAUACUGAUUUUUUUUGUAUUUAAAGAAAGGUAUUUUGCUUGCAGGAAAGAAAUACUACAGAUUCAUUUUAAUGAGAAUCUUUUAAAUGUAUUUAUCUUUAGGGCAUCUGGGCAUCUUUACGCUGUUUGUCUUAUGUCUUUAUUGAAAUAAAAUGUACAGAACAU